CGGGCGCCCCUUGAACUUUACCUCUGCUUCAUCAUUCUUGAGUCAAUCACACAUCGUCUCCUCUUGAGAGUCCCAUCUUACCCACCUUCUAUUACUCCAACACACUCCCAAUACACUCCGAACACAAUAAUGUCCGGUCCUUACGAUCAAUAUUCCCAGCAGCAAGGCUACGGCCAGGGCCAGGGUCAAUACCAGCAGGGAGGAUACCCCAAGGCGGCUAUGGACAGCAGCCUUACUCUAACCAGCAAUACGGCCAACAGCAUGGUCAGCAACACGGUCAAUACGGAGGCUCUGGUGACUACUACAACCAGCAGCGCGAUUACAACCAGGAUCAGUACGGCCAGCACCAGCAGAGCCAAUACGGCCAACACGACCACCACGGUCAACAACACCAAGGCCAGGGGUCAUACGGGCAGCCUGGGUAUGUCACCUGCCCCACCACUCUCUUCUCACGUACAUAAACUUCCGGUAACAUCAGCUGACAUUUUUCUCUCUCUAGCUACAAUGACCAGAACGCUCCCGGUGGAGCCCAAGAGGGCGAACGAGGACUCGGUGGUGCUCUCGCGGGCGGUCUCGCGGGUGGAUUUGCAGGCCACAAAGCUGACCACGGUAUUCUGGGUACCAUCGGAGGUGCCAUCAUGGGAUCCGUCCUGGAAGACGCCGUCAAGAAGCACAAGCACAAGGACGGUUCCUCCGGACACGGCAGCUACGGUGGCUCCCAGUACGGAAGUCACCAAGGCCAGCCUGGUUCGUCAAGCGGCGGUAGUCUGAUGAAUAACCUGGGCGGCUUCUUCAACAAGAAAUAGAUUUCUUGGGUCGUGCUCGACUGAGCCGGUCCAGAGUACCGCAAGCUUAGAGUCAACUUCUGCGAGUUUGUCUUUUCUUAUUUGAUGACUUUGACCUGCACGAGGAUGCCUUGCUAUUGUUUCCCUUGCUUUGUCUUGAUACCGAUGUUGCAUAUGAUGAUAUGAGGCACUUUGCUUGACG